AUCUUAUUUCAAAGACAUCAGAUACUGUUUCUUUAACCUUUGAUUUUUGGUCAUCACGAGCACAUGAUAGCUAUCUUGGAAUCACUUGCCAUUGGCUUACAAAUUCAUUUGAUUUGCACGAGAUCAUACUUGACAUUGGAGAGUUGGAUGAACAUUAUACAUCUGAUAUUGUUGAAUCUGUUAAUUCUGUUCUUAAUAAAUUUAAAAUUAAUUGUCAAAAUGUUUUUUCUAUUACUACUGAUAAUGGAUCCAAUGUCAGGUCUACAGUGCAACAAAUAGGUAUUUUUAAUGUGAAAUAUGCUGGACAUAUGCUUCAAUUGAGUGUCAAUUUAGAAAAAAAACAUAGACAACUUCGUGAAGCUCAAUUACAGAUUACUUCAGAGCUUAAAGAGCCACUUGAAGUUAUUAAAGAUGUGGAUACACAUUGGAAUUCUACUCUUUAUGCUAUUGAAUGUUUU